CACUCUGUUUUUGGCAUAAAUAAAUAAAUAUACAAAACUAGGAACUUAAAUAUUUUUUUUUUGAAAAGAAUUUAGAUGCAAUUGCUUGCAUCUCUUCAAUUGGAUCCCAGUAUUACUUUUUUGUGCCUAAGGGAGGAAGGAUUGAGGAGACUUCGAGAAAUGCUUACGAAGUUCAUUUUUUGGGAGUUGCAGUUUAUAGCAAAAAAGAACGUUGUAGAGAGCCAUGGAAGUACAGAUGGUAGUCGCCCAUUCACUCAGGCACUAACAACAAUGGGUUCACGUAACUGGCAUGACGUGAGUUGGGACUCUUCUAGGGUGGACUUGGUUAUUAUGGUUUGGUUCACAUGCAAAUCAAGCGAUGGAAUUCUCGAUGCACCUGUUGGCUACAUAUCUUGCUGUAAUAAGGCGUGCUAUGUUUUGGGGGUGAACAGUUAUUCUGGGGUGCUGCAUUUGGCAUUGCUGCUGCAUUUCAGUUCUUGUAUGUCAUAUCAGUCAUUGACAGACUUCCGUUCACCACGCUGGUGCUAGAAAAAGCAGUGAAGAUGGUAUAUGGGAUAUUCCUGAGAUCAUAAGAGCAGCAUGCAUAGUUAUGCUUGUCAUGCUCUUUUGAUUAACAUUAGGGUCCUUUGGGGUUGCUGGUGUUGUGGCUUCAAGUUUUGAAGAUGGUGUGCUCUGGUGGCUUCUUAUGAUUGCAGUUUACGGAAAAAGCUUUAAUAACUCAGCAAAAGAUGCCUGGGAGCUGUUCCAAUCUACAGGAGUUGAAGCACUUGUUGCAUAUGACUGUUCAGGUGCUGUUCUACUGAUGGACACAUUCUUGGGUGGGCUGAUUGCCAGGACUUGUGCAGGUGUUUGGUCUUGCAUCAUAUGCUUCUAACACAGCAUAAAUGGUGGGAUCUACUGCCAUGUUGAUGAGGAUGAUCUUGGUCGGUUUUGGUGACUGUAGUUGUGGAAAGUGCAGUGAAGUCUAUUUAUCUCUGUUACGCGCAAGACCCUUUAUUAAAAGGUUGAACCCCAACCUUAAGGGUCCCCCACCGCCCCUGUCCUGGAACAUCGUGAGGGAGGUAAAUCGCAGGUUAUGCCUCCAAGGGUACAGGGCGCAAGACCCUUUAUUAAUACAUAGGUGGGAUGCACCGUUCUUUGAACAGAUGUCGGAGAAACUACACCAGAGCCUUCAACAUAGAAGUGCACGCUCAAGAUUAGUAUUAAGUCAUAGAAUAGAUGAGCAAAUACAAGAAACAAUUGCUGUUUGAAUACAAGAAGCAUCAAUAGCUGUUAAGUACAGUUAAUUCCUAUGAAAUUUGAAAUCCUCGUUUUCUUCUCUCAGAUAACAUAUCGAAACAUGUUUAUGAAA